AGCUGUCUGGCCUAGAAGUCGGGGAGUCGGGGUGUGUGAGCCAUGCAGUGCAACAGCUGCCAAGCCAGGUGCUGCUCUUCGGACUUCCCAGCAGCAGCUUUGUGCGAGACAUGCGACCACCCUCCCACGUUCUGCCUGGCCUGCCUCGGCGGCGUGAAGCAAACAGGUCGCUGCCCCGAGUGCGGUGGGGGUCUUCAGGCGGAGGACAUGGAGCGGCUGAUGGGCGCCCUGCGGCACCGCAACCGCGAGUGUGCUGCCUUCCAUGAUCUGGAUACUUUGAAGAAGCGCGAGGAGGAGGCAAAAAGGACCGCUCAUCGUGAUCUCCUUGGCAUUGACGACGGCCAGCCACAGAGCGGAGAUAUCGAGGUCACAGUGCUGGAUGGCAGGCGUUGCAAGCUGAGGCUGUGCCGCCGGGACCGCCUCAGCUCGGUGAAGAGGGCCAUCGAGACCCAGCUGGCAGUGCCAGCAGGCAAGCAGCGGCUCCUCUUCCGCGGCCGGGAUCUGACGGCCGCGGAAGAUGAUCCGUGCUGGGGCACGCUGGGAGUUCCCUUUGGCGAGGCCUUGCAGCUUGUGAUCAUCAUGUACGAAACGAGCUCCGGCUCCAACGUCAGGCGUCUCAGCUUCGAUUUGAGUUGGAGACCGACACUUGUGACAUUGAGAUCAGGGAAGGUCACUUGUCAUCACCUGAACGGCUCCUGCAUCCUCCUGAACCGAUUCGGCCGUGUGCUCGACACGGUGGAUUUCCAGAAGCGGAGCUGUUCAGGUGUGCAGCACGGAGGACCUUCGUCAAAGCACAGCCCCAAGCAGAGCCUAGAAGUGGACAUGCGCAUGCUGCCCUCCGAUUGCUCUUCUUUGUUCUUCACCCUGAGCGGCUUCGCACCUGGGGGCGUCACACUGGCAGUCUUCCAGGACCCCUCGGUGCACUUGAGGGACCGCAGCAGUGCAAAGAUCCUGGCCAGCUAUACGGCAGAUCGAUGCAGGACUGGAGAGGCAGUGGUGCUUUGCUGCGCCGUGAGGGACGAGCGCACGAAUGAGUGGAGAGUGCAGCAAGUGGGGCGCGGAAGCUCCGGCAACACGAAGGACUACGGCGGGCUUUAUCAGACGGUGCGAAGUCUUGUCGACAAGAUGUGACCCCGAUCCCUACUGAGUCUUGCCGAGAACGCCUUGUGGGCAGGGCGGAAAUGUUCGAAAGGAGCACUAGUGAGUGCAGUAGCUAGGAGUUUGAGAGUUUGAGUCGACCACUCAGUCCAGGUGAGCUGUGCGACUCCGCGUGCCAGCAUUCAUUCGUGUUUGGGGGAUGUUCCUGCCGUGCAUCGCUAGACAUGGCCUGUGGCAAAAGCCCCGCCCUGUGGGCCUGAUUAGGGAUGCAUUUGUGUGGGCGCCUCCAAGGGCGGCUUGUGCAAAGACUGGUUCUCUCCAGAACGACAGGAGAAGCGUUUGCUC